GUAAAUGUCUGAAACCACUGGUACAUGUUAUAAAUCAUGUUGUAUUUCAAAACGAUUAGAUGGGAAGUUAGCUAUUGUCACUGGAUCGAACACUGGUAUCGGAUUAGUGACAGCUGGUGAAUUAGCUCGUCGUGGUGCUCGAGUCAUCAUGGCAUGUCGAAAUAUAGGUAAAGCUGAAGAUGCCAAAAAUAGUUUGUUGAAGAAAUAUGGUGCCACUAAUCCACAGAGUGUGAACAUUGAUGUAGCGUGUAAACAAGUGAUCUCAUCGUUGAGUCCAAUCUACAAUGAUCAAUUAAUUAUUGAACAACUUGAUUUAGCUUCUCUACAAUCAAUUAGAGAAUUUGCCAGACGUAUAAUAGUCACAUAUCCUGAACUUCAUUUUCUUAUUAACAAUGCUGGUCUUACAGUUGGUAAAUAUGAGAAAACUGUUGAUGGUUUUGAAAUGACAAUGGGUGUUAAUCAUUUUGGAACAUUCUUACUCACGGAAUUAUUAUUACCUUUGAUAAGACGUUCAACUCCAUCUAAAAUCAUUAAUCUUUCAUCAAUGGCACAUUAUAAAGGUCGUUUAAUUAAACCAGAUUUACAGUUAAAAGAGAAUGAAUAUAAUCAGUUAAAUGCAUAUUGUGAUUCAAAGUUAGCCAAUGCAAUGCAUGCUGCUGAAUUAGGUGAUAGACUUCAGGACAGUGGAAUAACUGUUGUUAGUGUACAUCCUGGUGCUGUAAAAACUGAUCUAGAUCGAGAUAUAAAUAGUUGUGUAAUGCCGUAGCCUAGUUUCUUUUACAGAUGUAAUUACAAAAACAUCAAUAGCUUUGAGACUGGAAAAAUGUGGAAAUCUUAGACAGAGGAAACUCCAAAAACACCAGAGAAUUUUUAGAUGCCUGGCACUCAGGUCAAUCAACAAGCAUAUUGAAAUCAACCCAAUUUACCAACCAAUCAGGAAAAUCAUGCUUAAAUAUAGGAACAAAAAUCAAACCAAUGGGAGACACAACCAAAACAAAGAAGUAAACAAUGACAAAUUUAAGGUCAAUAAGAGCCAAUCAACGUCGAGGUAUACAGAACAAGCUGUAAAACGCAUAUGGAGAAAUUCGAACACUUCACUUCUAUCUGAAGUUUGUGCUGAUGAUUUCAUUCAAAAGAACGAUGAAAGCUCCACGACCAAACCAUCCAGCUCAGAGAACAAAACUCCACCAACAUCAAUAGCUUAAUAAAAACACAUCUACAGAACUAGGAGAAAUCUUGAAAUUUAGGAUAAUGUUGUGAAUUGUUUAUUUAACCUAUCGAUCUGUUUGUUAAAAAAAAAUACCCAUCAUUUCGCUAAUUAACAUCAACAUUGUCAUGAUCAUACAAAACAAGUUAUAAAUGAAAUAUAAAAUUUAAGAUAAUCUAAUAGUUUAGUUAUAACGAUCCCAAAGUAUAAACACCUGAUUACUUA